CGGAAGUGACGCAGCGCGCCCCGCCCCCGCCGCUAGAUCCGCUGCUGCUGCCGCGGCGGGCGGACCUGCAAGAGGCGGCGGCGGCGGCCGAGGCCGAGGGAAGAUGGCGGACGGUGUGGACCAUAUAGACAUUUACGCGGAUGUGGGCGAAGAGUUCAACCAGGAAGCUGAAUAUGGUGGGCAUGAUCAGAUAGAUUUGUAUGAUGAUGUCAUCUCUCCAUCUGCAAAUAAUGGAGAUGCCCCGGAAGAUCGGGACUACAUGGAUACUCUCCCGCCAACUGUUGGUGACGAUGUGGGUAAAGGAGCAGCACCAAAUGUUGUCUAUACAUACACGGGAAAGAGAAUUGCGCUGUAUAUUGGGAAUCUAACAUGGUGGACAACAGAUGAAGACUUAACUGAAGCAGUUCAUUCUUUGGGAGUAAAUGAUAUUUUGGAGAUAAAGUUUUUUGAAAAUCGGGCAAAUGGCCAGUCAAAGGGGUUUGCCCUUGUUGGUGUUGGAUCUGAAGCAUCCUCAAAAAAGUUAAUGGAUCUGUUGCCUAAGAGAGAGCUUCAUGGUCAGAAUCCUGUUGUAACUCCAUGCAAUAAACAGUUCCUGAGUCAAUUUGAAAUGCAGUCCAGGAAAACUACACAAUCAGGACAAAUGUCUGGGGAAGGUAAAGCUGGUCCUCCGGGAGGCAGUUCACGUGCAGCAUUUCCACAAGGUGGUAGAGGACGGGGCCGUUUUCCAGGGGCUGUUCCUGGUGGGGACAGAUUUCCUGGGCCAGCAGGACCAGGAGGGCCACCUCCACCUUUUCCAGCUGGACAGACUCCACCACGUCCACCCUUAGGUCCUCCAGGCCCACCCGGCCCACCAGGUCCUCCACCUCCUGGUCAGGUUCUGCCUCCUCCUCUAGCUGGGCCUCCUAAUCGGGGAGAUCGCCCUCCACCACCAGUUCUUUUUCCUGGACAGCCUUUUGGGCAACCUCCAUUGGGUCCGCUUCCUCCUGGUCCUCCACCUCCAGUUCCAGGCUACGGCCCCCCUCCUGGUCCACCACCUCCACAACAGGGACCACCUCCACCUCCAGGCCCCUUUCCACCUCGCCCACCUGGCCCUCUUGGGCCACCCCUUACACUCGCUCCUCCUCCGCAUCUUCCUGGACCACCUCCAGGGGCCCCACCGCCAGCUCCACAUGUGAACCCAGCUUUCUUUCCUCCACCAACUAACAGCGGCAUGCCUACAUCAGAUAGCCGAGGCCCACCACCAACAGAUCCAUAUGGCCGGCCUCCGCCAUAUGAUAGGGGUGACUAUGGGCCUCCUGGGAGGGAAAUGGAUACUGCAAGAACGCCAUUGAGUGAAGCUGAGUUUGAAGAAAUCAUGAAUAGAAAUAGGGCAAUCUCAAGCAGUGCUAUUUCAAGAGCUGUGUCUGAUGCCAGUGCUGGUGAUUAUGGGAGUGCUAUUGAGACAUUGGUAACUGCAAUUUCUUUAAUUAAACAAUCCAAAGUAUCUGCUGAUGAUCGUUGCAAAGUUCUUAUUAGCUCUUUGCAAGAUUGCCUGCAUGGAAUUGAAUCCAAGUCUUAUGGUUCUGGAUCAAGAAGACGUGAACGAUCAAGAGAAAGGGAUCAUAGUAGAUCACGAGAAAAGAGUCGGCGUCAUAAAUCCCGCAGUAGAGAUCGCCAUGAUGAUUAUUACAGAGAGAGAAGCCGGGAACGAGAGAGACACCGCGACCGGGACCGAGACCGGGAUCGAGAGCGUGACCGAGAGCGCGAGUAUCGUCAUCGUUAGAAGCUGAAGGAAGAGGAACACCUUCCAAGACAAAACAGCCUUCUGGAAAAAUGACGCUUGUCCAGCAGUUUGCUUCUUGUGAUUGAACUGAACCUGUAAGGAUUCAUGGAUAAAAUGAACAGGAAUAGAUCUGAAUAAAGCAAAUCUGCAUAAAUGGUAACCAGUAGCUCUACUUUUAUUUUUUAUGUUGCUUAACUGUUUUAUUUGAAGGAAACCUGUGUGAUUUAAAAAGUUAAAGCUUUUGCAACUUUAUUACUGGUUAUAUACAUUUGGCCAUUAUAAUGUGCAAGCAAUUGGAAAAAAAAAAACGUCAAGUACGUGCUUGUUUUAUAGUAGUUUGUUCUUGUUAAAAACAUGUUCAUAUGAUAAUGUCUGUAAACAGCACCACUUUGAUUACAAUAGAUGUAGUGUUGUAAUAAACUGUUUAAUGGGGCUGAUGUGUAAAGCUGUUCAAGUUAUUUGAUGUUUACACCUCAGGGAAAGUCUUGUGUUCAGCAAUAUCUAAAGAUAAUGUUACUAUGACAUUUAUACUGUCGUUAAAAAAAAAAAACAUUGCAAUAGCGUUUUUGGAUAUGCAUCAACCUAAUCUUGCGUUC